UGAUUACCAUUUACGAUCCUUGAUUUAAAUAUUAAAAGUUUAAGGAAUUAUUUAGUCAUCUCGUGCAAUGAACAUAAAAUUAUGGAAGGUGAUACGGCGCGUUGCUGUCCAGAAAAGGUUUAUUCAUGACCAAGUUUCUCAAGGGAGAAUAAAUGUUAAAGAUUCUCAAAAUUCUCUGUCUACAACAAAUUUGGCUACUGAUACCACAGUUGAUUAUAACCAAUAUGCAAAUGAAUUACAUGAUUCAUUAAAUGAAGAACUGGCAGAUGCUGUGACACCACUGUGGAGGAUUCCAUAUACUGAACAACUCAAAAUAAAAAACCAACAAAAUUUUGAAAUCAUGGUCAAACUAACAAAAAAAUUGAGGCCCAACUCCAAUUCCAGUAAUAUUAUCUGCCAAUUGAAUGAAACUCUACCAUCGCCAGUUACCUUGCAUUACAGGAACAAAAAUGAAUUUCAUAUUCGUUAUGAUUCCAAUGGAAAGGCAGUUGUAGGACUUUGUGUUGGGCAAGCUUCUAAAAACACCUUACGGUGUAUAACUGCAGAAAAACUACUCAACACACACCCUAUUCACUCGAAUGUUGCCCGCCAUCUCCAGGAUUAUAUACAGCAUCAGUCAAAAUGGAAAAUCUGCGAGCAUUUCCAACGUGGUGGAAAUUGGAGGGGUCUUACUAUUCGUUCGAAUUACAAGAACGAACAAAUGGCUAUUGUGACCAUUCACCCACAAAACUUGACAAAAGAAGAAAUUCACGCCGAAAUGGAGCGGAUGAAAAAUUAUCUUUUGGCAUGCCCUUUGGGCAAUCAACUUGUUUCAAUUUACUAUCAGGCAUGUCCUCAUACGCGCUGCACUGCCGAACAGUCACCAUUCAUCCUAUUGCACGGACAGACGCAUAUUUACGAGCACAUCGGCGAUUAUGAGUUUCGUAUCUCUCCAGAGUCGUUUUUCCAAGUCAAUACGCAAGGCGCCCGGUUACUAUAUGAAACCGUAGCUCGUCAACUUGCUCCAGAGAGAUUGUCCACCGUUGUAGAUCUCUGUUGCGGGACGGGCACGCAGGGGCUUAUGGUUGCCCGCCAUUGUCGUGGCGUCAUAGGCAUUGAACUGUCUCGCUCUGCCGUUGAGGACGCCCGUUUCAACGCUGCUCAUAACCAAAUUCAUAAUGCGGAAUUCUUCGCUGGCCGUGUCGAGAAACUAUUCCGGCCCCUCCUCGGACAGUUGGAUGCUGCACCAGAUAUCGCCGUUAUCGUAAAUCCUUCUCGUGGCGGAGUCGGUGAUCGAGUCGUUGAGCUGCUGAGAAGCAAUGAACGUGUUCGUCAUGUCGUCUACAUCUCCUGUCAAGCCGAUGGCCCUGCCAUGAACAACUUUGUGAACCUUUGCCAACGGCCCACCCGUAAAAUGAAUAGUGAACCUUUUGUAUUGAGAAAAGCCAUCCCAGUCGACAUGUUUCCACAUACAGACCAUUGCGAAUUAGUUCUCUCGUUUCGUCGUUGACCGUUACAUAAAAUGUUCAAUAAUUAUUGAAAGAAUAUAGGCAAAGCGAAGGUUUUUAAA